AUGGAGAUGGUACACGAUAGGAGUUUUGGGGAAGCAUCAAACAACCGGUCAAAUAAACUGUUUUGGAAAACCAUAUGGAGGCUCAACGUUCCAAACAAAGUCAAGUCCUUUGCAUGGCGUGCGAGUAACAAUAUCAUAUCGACAAAAGCCAACUUAUGUCACCGAAAAGUGAUUGAUAAUCCUACUUAUGAGGCAUGCAGUUUGGGGGCUAAGAGUAGCGGGCAUGUACUAUGGGAUUAUGAAAAAACGCAGGAGAUUUGGAAGCUUUCUGGUAUUCCCUUUGAAUUCAGGCAAAGAAUGGGGGAUGACUUACUAGAGCUUGUCAUUAUGGUGGCUUGGUAUUUAUGGUUCAACCGUAACGAAGUUAGGCUUGAUAAGGCAAGACUACUAGGUGUAGCUAUUCUACAAAAGGCACAAUACAUGCUGGAUGAGCUCCAGAAUGCAAAUUUGAAGCUAUCCCAGACCAGUCCUAACACCAGUUCUAUCGGAGUAGGAACUAUCAUUCAAGACCAUGAUGGACAAGUUGAAGCAACUCUUAGCAAGGCACUUCUAGUACCUCUGGGGCCAUUGGAGGCCAAGGCAAAGGCAUUAGAGGAGAGCAUUUUAUUUGCCUGGGACGUGGGUGUUCAGGAUGUUAUAUUUGAGAGUGACUCCAAAAUUGUUUGUGAUGCAAUAACUGGAUGUAGUGAACCACUAUCAGCAAUAAGUACUUUAAUUGAGGGGACUAGAUUGAAAUUGCAAGACUUUCGGAGGUCAAGGGUAUCACAUAUUCUUCGACAGUGUAAUUGUCUAGCUCAUUUAUUGGCACAAUAUGCUAGGCAUGUUGUUGGUUAUGUAACUUGGAUAGAAGAAACUCCUUAUAUAGUUGAGUCUGUUGUGACUUAUGAUAUAAUGUUGUUAUCUUUGUCUUAA